ACCUCUUCCACCUUCCGCCUCGCCUUCCGGGCUUCCUCCGCUCCACGCCGGCGAGUCCACACUCCUCCGACCAGCCGCCGCCGCCGCCCCGCGUCGUCACGCGCGCGCGCGCGCGAGAGAGAGAGAUCCCCCUGCCCCAGCCACGAUGGCGGUCGGCAUCGCGCUGCUGCUCGACCUCGCCUCCCGCGGCCCCCGCUACGCCUCCGGGGUCCACGCCCACUCCGCGAUCUCCGCCUCCGCCGCCGCCGCCGCGGCCGCAGCCGCCGCGCUCUCCGCCACCGGCAUCCCCCUCUCCGCGCGCCACCUCUUCGGUUUCCCUGGGUUUACUAUAGCCCAUUGUGAUGCUGGUGCACCAACUGGAUUGAAUGAUGCUCCUGAUCUUAUUAAUGGUCUUAAUGACAAAAUACAAGACUCCCUCCAGUACCCAAUAAAGGAAUACCCCUUGGAGUUGAAGCCACUCUUUUCGGCCUUUGCUUUAAAGAAUUUUAGCUUGACAACCCUGAGGUCCUUCUUAUUGUACUAUUUGCCACUUUUGGAACCUCAUCCGCACACUGAUGGUGAUGAUGAGGAUGACCUGCUUCAAGAUGAGUCUGAAAAUAGGCCACCUGUUGAUUUGGUUACUCCCUUCUACAAUUCAGUGAAGCAAAUCAUCCGUGAGACUUCUGUUGUAACAACCAGAAGAAUAUUGGAAAGGAUUGCAGUUUGUCAUGUUUCACAAAGAACAGCAUGGAAGCUUCUCAAGGAUGCCUCAAAAUCAUCAAAGAGGAAAUCUGUAAGGGGGAUGCCCUUCCAAGAGUACUCAUAUUGUGUUGCUAGAACGACUUUCCGAGCGCAUGCAUUGGGAGUUGCUGCUGCUUGGGUUGUGCAAUCCAUAGUUGAGGUUUACAGAUGUUUUUUCGGUAAGCCUUCCAAUGAUCAGGCAAUGUUUGAUGAGAUGGACAAAGUCAAACUGUUCGGGAAAAAGAUAUACGGCAUAACCGUCAAAUGCGGGUUCUCUUUGGUUUUUGCCUCAAUAGGAGCUGGCAUUGGGGUCCUUGUGCAUCCAGUACAUGGACAGUGGCUUGGUUGUACAUUGGGAGAUUUCGCGGGACCAAUUGUCGCCAUACUUGUUUUCGAGAAGUUCCAGUUGCCGCUCUAAGGUGAAAAAUGAAACCCCGCGGCUUCUACGCAACUAGCCUUGGUGGAGAUCUCCAUGACUCCAUGAGACCUGACUUGAAGUUCGAUGAAUAAUUUAGCUGUCAGCCUCUAUGCGCAAAAGUCCAUAGCUUGUUUUAUUUUUUUUCAAGACACGCCUUUGGGCAUCAUGAGAUGUUGAUAUUAUGUUCUUUAGAUUUUGAAACUCAGGCUAACAGUUUUGACUAAUUGGUUUUCUGAACUUUCACAAUAAGCACAUCGCUCUUAGUGCCACUUUUACC